CAUCAAACCUCCCAGCAUCCCGAGUCCGCCUCCAAUACUUGUUUCCUCCCUUCAUCUCGAUCUAUCCACCUCAUCCAGCUCCCCCUUUUUGUGCUUAUAUCGUGGGCGCUAUUCUCUCUUGACUCAUUCUCGUUAAAGUUGUUCUUUCGACCAUAUCGACUAUGGCCUCCAGAGCCGCAGCAGGCGCCCGUCCCGGGGCCAGGUUCGCUCAGUUCAAGCUUGUAUUGCUGGGAGAGUCCGCAGUCGGAAAGAGUUCGCUAGUACUGAGAUUCGUCAAGGAUCAAUUCGAUGAUUACCGCGAGUCGACCAUUGGCGCCGCCUUCCUCACACAAACCAUCUCCCUGGACGAAAGUACGACAGUCAAGUUCGAGAUAUGGGAUACAGCCGGCCAGGAGAGAUACAAGUCUCUGGCUCCCAUGUAUUACAGGAACGCCAACUGCGCGGUCGUUGUGUACGAUAUCACUCAGGCUUCGUCGCUGGACAAGGCCAAGUCAUGGGUGAAGGAACUACAGCGUCAGGCAAACGAGAAUAUUGUCAUCGCCCUUGCAGGAAACAAGCUCGAUCUCGUGACGGAGAGCCCGGACAAGAGGGCCAUUCCUACGGCUGACGCCGAAGCCUAUGCACGUGAAGCUGGUCUUCUGUUCUUCGAGACAUCUGCAAAGACCUCCUCUAAUGUUAAGGAACUAUUCACAGCAAUCGCGAAGAAGCUCCCUCUUGACCAGGCAGGUCCUCGAAACUUGCGCACAACUCCCCGUCCUGGUGUCGAUCUGCGGCCAGAAGCACCCGGUACCCAAGGUGCCGGUUCCUGCAACUGCUAGGCUUUCCAAGUGGCGUAUACUAACUAACUGUUGUGUGUCGAGUCCUCGAUCUAAUCCACC